UUCACACACACACACACACACACUCACAGUCUCACACUCACACACACAGUCGCUCACACACAUAUACAGUCUGCACAAAGCGUCAUUGAGCAAACUUGUGAGCUCCAGGAUUCCUUCUUCAUACACAGACGAACAGAAGGAAUGGAAGACAGCAGGGUCAUGAGAGGAGUGAAAUGAAAACUUCACUGAGGAAUCCGUCUAUCUCUCCAUCCAUCUAUCUCAGGGGAAGGUUACGGAGAGAAAGCAGUCCUUGUGUGCUGUCUCUGCCUGCGUGGACAAGAUGACUAGAUGCCUGCCUGAAUGGAAUGUAUGUGACCUUUGACCCGCUGCUUGUUCCCCGCGGCUAGCUAACAUUUAGCGUUGGUUGUGUGCGAGAAAACCCGUGUGCACCAAGAGUGGACAAUGGCCGCCUCCGCCACCGAGUUCGUCCUGGUCCUGUUCCCCUACGAUUACACCACCAAGGAUGGCAGGUCCAUCACCAUCCAGCGUGACGACCGCUACAUCCUGGUCAACCGCACCAACAGCCACUGGUGGCAUGUACGCAAGGACCCCAGCACCAAGCCCUUCUACAUCCCGGCCCGCUACGUCCAAGUGCUGGAACCAAUCACUGACCCGCUAGCACCUCUAAACGCCCCGUCCAGCGGUACAGAAGGUGAAGAAACAGCGGCCGGUGUCGGUGCCCGAACCACGUCGGAUCAGAACCAACCUGAGGGAGAGAUCGGGCCCUGUUGGUUGACCCCUACGGAGGAAAAGACGGAAUUGGAGUUGGCCCCCUCACUGAGGGAGCCAGAGGGUUUAUAUGAGACUACGCUAUCACUGAGGGAGCCAGAGGGUUUAUAUGAGACUACGCUAUGGUUGCCUGGCACGCCCGAUGCUUCCUCAGAGCCUACGGACAACGGCUUAGACUCCUCACAGCGUCCGAAGAGGGAGGAGGAGGAGGAGGAGGAGGAGGAGGUGAAGGGCAGAGAGGACCACGGUAGAGGGCCCAGUUCUGGAUACACUGCAGCUGAGGAUGAGGAGGACGGCAGUACCUUCGCCAUACCUCCUUUAACUGAACCACCACAGCCCUUCCAGGACCUGAAGGACUAUUCACAUAAAGAUCCCACAGAGCCAAGACCAGACCUCCGCUUCGAGGCGAAGGCUGGCGCUCUACCGCCACAAGACGCUGGGAGUCAUGACGUCUGGGAUCUUGUGGCGGACGGGGUGUACGAGAGCAUCGACAGCCUUGGGUUGGAGCCGGACAUUCAGGAGAUGGUGUCGGCCCCUGCUGAGCCGCGUGGGGAGACCCCUAUUACUGACACAAUGCCUGCAGUCCCUGAAAAGGACACAAACACAGAGGUCGCCAUGGAGAGCGUGCCGCCACCUGCAGCAGCAGAUGAGAGUACCGAGGAUGACACGGCGGUGUACGUGAACUUGCCCCCGUUCCGUCAGAGGCCCACGGACCUGCCGUUCGACUCCUCCGAGCCGUCCGGCGCGUCUCCCCCGCACCAGGCGUCCUCUCCGCCCUCCUCCUCGUCCCUGACCCCGUCCCCCGACGACCUCAAGCGCGACCUUCACGCCACCUCUGCCACUGCUGCGCCCGCUCCUCUCCCCGCCGCGCCGGACUCCGAGGGAUGGGAGGUGCACGUUGACGAGGGCAGCGGUCAGGAGUUCUACUACCACCCGGACUCGGGAGAGACUACCUGGGACCGGCCCGCUACCAUGAUGAUGGACCGUCGCCGAGGACCUACCCGGCGCCGCGCGUCAGCUCUUGUCCCGCCCCACGCCACCUCCACGCCCCCCUCGCCCUCCGUCCACUCGUCGCCCCCUGCUGGUCCGGCGCCCGGUCCGCCGCUGGCGGUGGCAUCGUCCGGCCCCCCUGGGUGGCGUGCAUCCGACUGGGAGCGCAUCGUGGACGAGGCCAGCGGACGGCCAUACUACUACAACCACGCGUCGGGCGAGACAUCCUGGGACCCGCCCAACGGGACGCACACACACACCUCGCCAAAAACACAGCCCAGGGACGAUGGACCGAGUUUAGGACACAGUGGCCCACUCGAGGAUGCUCACAGCCCAGCCCAGAUCCAGGAGGUGGAGAUCAAAUCCCUACAGCUGGCGCGAUGUCUGGACGCGCUUAAGCCGCCCGGGUGGAACCUCCCACAUCGAUCGGACUGGAUAAAGUCUUUGGAUGACCGAGGUCAGACGUACUACUAUCUGAGGGAUGGAUCCCGCUCACAGUGGAACCUUCCAGAGAAGUUCCAGCCCUCCCAUCGGAGAAACUUCUCGGACUAUGGCAGCGACAUGUCCAGCUCACCUGAGAUGCACUCUCAGGUAAUGCCUGAGAACCCAUACGCUCAGUCACAAGCACAGCAACACGCGGACUCCAAGCAGGAGAAGAGUUUGACUUACGGCAGCACAGACAGUUUGCCACCUGUUUUACCGAGCUUAGAGAAAGCCGGCAUCCUGAACAAAACAAAGGUGUCAGAAAACGGCAAAAAAGUCAGGAAGAACUGGGCACAAUCAUGGACGGUUCUCCACGGAGGAGUUCUAACGUUCCACAAAGACCCAAAGUCUGCCCCCGGCAGUACCUCAACGAAGAGCAAUCAGAUCCUCACGGAAGUCACCGUGGACCUGAGAGGGGCUUCGAUUGCCUCGGCUGGGAAGGAGAAAUCCAGCAAGAAGAAUGUUCUAGAGCUAAAGAGUCAGAACGGCUCAGAGUACCUGAUCCAGUACGACACAGAGAGCAUCAUCAACGACUGGCACAAAGUCAUCUAUGACACCAUCCGGCAACUGGAACCGGAACAGCAUCACUCAGAGGAGGAGGACGAUGUGUAUGAGAAAGUACCAGGUGUCGAUGACCGGCCACUCAGUGGCCAGGAAAAGAAACGUGUUGUUUGUAAGCAGAAUUUUACCAGCUCCGCCAGUUCCGCCAGCUCCACCAUGGAGGCUGACCAGAAGAAGGUCCGCACCAAACUCCGCAAGUUUCUCCUCAAAAGGCCCACACUACAGUCAGUCAAGGAGAAAGGCUACAUCCGAGAGAACGUGUUUGGCUGUCACCUGGCUAACCUGUGCGCUCAGGAGAGGACCACCGUGCCCAGCUUUGUAGAGAAGUGCAUACGGACUGUGGAGGAGAGAGGUUUGGGGAUGGAUGGGAUCUACAGGGUCAGUGGGAACCUGGCUACCAUUCAGAAGCUGCGCUACAAAGCCGACCACGAGGACAUCGACUUUGAGGAGUGCCACUGGGACAUCCAUGUGAUCACUGGGGCACUGAAGCUCUUCUUCAGGGAGCUACAGGAGCCACUGUUCCCAUACAGCCACUUCAACAACUUCAUCGCUGGCAUCAAGAUCCAAGACUACCAUGAGAAAGUGUCGUACAUGUGUGAGCUGGUCAGAUCCCUCCCCGCUGCCAACCACGAUACCAUGGAAAUCCUUUUUAGGCAUUUACGCAAGGUGAUUGAGCACGGAGAGGAGAACCGCAUGUCGGUGCAGAACGUGGCCAUCGUUUUCGGGCCCACGCUCCUCAAACCAGAGAUGGAGUCGGCCAACAUCACUAUGUUCAUGGUGUUCCAGAACCAGAUCGUCGAGUUUGUCCUCAACGAGUUCGAAACCCUCUUCUACUCAGGAUGACCCCAUCACCACCACCCAAUCCCCCUUCCUCAUUCCUCACCCUUCACCUUACCGUAUUCGCUCAGCUAUGUGUAUAACACCCACCAAUCACUCACACAGCGUAAACAACACAAAUAGCACACCAUUGCAUUGUGGUUAGCCAGAAGGAAGGCAGGGCUAUAGACCCUUUCAACAAUAAAAACAAAAACAAUGCUUGAACGUUCUAUUUGGGCCCCAAUCUACUUCCUCUGCAUUAAGAUAACAUAUGGAAUGUUCAAAAGGAAGCCUUGUGGGGCCAACUAUGAUGCUGAUAAUGGAACUCUCUUGAAAGGGUCCAUAGCUACGAACUCAGAGUUCUUUCUAAGAAUGCCAUUCUCAGCCCCUUUUAUUUAUUUUUAAACUAAGCACACACAUGUUUCAGGCGUGGCUCAAGCCGUGUUGAAAACUAGAAAUAGGACCAACGCCUAUUUUUCACGCGACACGCAAGCGUGUUGAAAGCGUUUCCAUUUAAAAGUGACGGUUAACAGAUGUUUUAAUACAUACUGCUGACUGGUCACAGCAGCGGCGCAUCAGAAGCAAUACACACACCACGUUUGGGUCUGAAUGAGGCCUAAUGUGAAGAGAUUUUGGGCAGGGGCACUAUUGCUUACAAAAGCAUUCAGCUAUCUACAUCAGUCAUCCACAAUCCGUCAGUAAGAGAGUUUACAUUCAGUUUGUCAAUAGGGAACUCCACUGAGAACAUUAAACAUCAUAGCAAAAGUCAAAGGUCAUAUGAUACGAAUGUCAGAACAAAUUUCUCACAAUGACGUGCACAUGUUGUCCAUUCAGGCAGUUGAUGUGUUUGUGUUUGUCUUGUAGCUAACUUGACUUAAUAGCCCCAUCCGGCUAUGGGUUCCUUUCAGCAGUUCCAGUUGUUUAGUGAUCUGUGUCCAACAUUGUUGACCCAUUCAUAGUUAGACUUCAUCUGGAUCACAGAUAGUCCAUUGAAUCUGCCAAUAAUUUAGGAACAUGUCAUGUUAUUUAUGUGUUAGAUGGUUUUUAAAAUUGCCUUCCCGAAGAAUGUGUUUUUACUGUAACAUAGAGGUGUACAGAGUGAGCUGCUACUACCAUAGCCUUGCCAGUAAUGGCAAACGCCACAGGCACAGUUAUUCGGUCGCCAUUUUAAGCCACCAUUUUCUUUUUUUACAUGGAGGCACAAGAUUUUAGAGCCGUAACAAACUGCUGCAUUCUGCUAUGCGGUGAGACCAGAAUAUAGAUUUAUAAAGAAGAGAAACUAUGAAUAUAGCUGUUAUUUGUAAGCAUUAAUAUUAUGUAAAGACAUUCCAGUUAUGAGUUAAUGAAAAGAUUUGCCACUGUAAAUAUAUAUAGUAGAAUGGCAUAUUUAUGCUGUAAAAUACUCAGAGGAGCAAAUUUUGCUUAAAUAAAAACUGGUUUACACAUCA